AUGGACAAAGAGGGCCUCGAUUUAUCCGAGGACCAGACCAGUCCGCAGGUGCAAUGCUCCAUCUGCAGCAGCACCUUUCGUCGCCCGGAACAUCUCAAGCGUCAUAUGCGCAGCCAUACCAAGGAGAAGCCUUUUGAAUGCGCCCAGUGUGGCCGGCACUUCUCACGGACCGACACCCUCCAUCGCCAUGAGCUGAGCCACCAUCUGCCCGGCAGCGAAGGGGGUAAAGAGCAUACCCACCGGAUCACCGUCAAGACCUUCCGCGCCUGUUUUAGCUGUGCGACGGCCCGCGUGCGAUGCAGUGGGGGUGAGCCGUGUGGACGGUGUGACGGCCGCUCCCUCGCGUGUCAAUAUCCGACAGAGAGACGGUCAAAGAAGGGCCGGAGAGAGGGCUCGCAGGGUACGGAGUCGCGGCCGCUUCAUCGUGCCUCGCAGACCCGCAAACGUCGUGUGGAGUCGGCUCCAGAGACAACAUCUCAACCAAGUGGACAACCAAGAUUAUCCCCAGAUUAUUCAGGCAAUGUGUUUCCCAGUGGUGUGCAGAAUCAACCAACACAUCCUCCGUCAAAUGGCGAUCAGGCAUCGAACACAGACAGAAUGCCAAUGGAUAUCUAUGCCAAUACAGACCGGCCUCAACCAUACCCAAGUAUGCCCAAUUCCGACAUUCCCUUCUCAGCCAAUGCGGCCAUGGGCACCGACAUGAGGGACGUUCCACAAGGAUUGCACAGUGCGGGAGUUGAUAUUGACACGGCUAUGGCGGGCAACCUGGACUUUGACCCGGCAUUCUUCGAGCAGUCUAUGCUGUCCACGAUCAACUGGCUCCCCCAUGAAUUCUUUGCAGGCCCACCAAACGAUCAAAUGCAGUCGUCAAGACUUCCUUCCCAACCCAACCAGCCUUUCUUUCCAGAUGCCCAACUAGCUCGCACCACAUGGCAGCCACCAGUAAUCCAAGCUGGCCAGGGGAGUCCCUCAAUGCCAGGGAAUAUCUCUCAGACGCCGUCGGGACAUCUGUCUAUGGGAACCGACAUGGGCAGUCCAAAUCAGUAUACCCAUAUGGUGGGCGAAACAUCCCCUCACGCCGAAUCGGUCGAUUCUGCCAAACGCUCAGCGGACUACUAUGUCGACGGGGCUGGUGCUCGACUGCCCAAGUAUAGGAGGAAACAGGCUCCGUGGUCAAGCUCCACCGAACCGACUACCGUCACCCGUCAACUACCGCUUGGUGCGGGUGAAGGCCGAUAUUCAUUCCCUCUGAUCCAGGAAAGCCCCGUGGACAAUAUAUCAGAAGAAGUGCGCCGAUUUACCAGAGGGAUCAACUCUUCCGUCUAUGACGAGAUUUAUCACCAAUUCAUAAUGCUGUGCCGCAACGACAACCCCAUCUUCCCACAAUUUGAGACCGACAACUUCCCAUCGGCGCAACACUGCAACCAGUUUAUCGCAUUCUACUUUGAGUCCUUUCAAGCCGUAUACCCAAUUCUUCAUCUCCCCACCUUCGAUCCCAAUACCUGCCAUUGGCUUUUGAUGCUGGCCGUCGUAGCCAUCGGGUGCAAUGUUGCAAAUAUAAGUGAGACAACUCAGUGCGCAGCUGCUUUUCACGAGAUGCUCCGGCGAGCUUUAUAUGUUGAGGUAGGUUGGCCCUCUUCGCUGACGAGCAUGCACGCUAAUCAUUGUGCGAAACAGAAAGAAAAGUGUCACCUUGGCGAGACCUCGCCUGAGAUUCUGCUGGCGAUGCUGCUGAAUUGUAUUGGACUGCUUCACUCUGGAAGCGAACGAGCCAGACUUUUAGCGAUGGGUAUCUUCCGCGAUUUGGUGACGUUCACGAAGCGAGAGCAGGUGCUAGCACCCUCACUGAAUCCGAGAAUGGAACCAAAUGGUCUCUCUCAAGAGGAACACUGGAUUGCAUGGGUUCGGGAUGAGAUCCGGCGACGCACUGGCUAUUGCAUAUGGCUCCUGGACUGCACCCUUGCAUACUACUUUGAUGACCGACCUCUACUGUCCCUGGACGAUGGACAGGCUGCAUUACCAGCGCACGAGAAGUUGUGGCAAGCAGACUCGCCCGAGAGUUGGCGACAUCUGUGGGAUAAAUCAUCUGGUAUGAUCGUUUCGUCCAUAAUUUACCAUAACUAUCUGCUAACACCCUCAGUAAACGAAUCACUCUACGACGCUGUACAAAUCAUCUACAUUGAAAAGAGACUCAUCACCGCAAUCGGCGAAUUUAGCCAUAUCCUGCUCAUCCACGCACUCUACCACCGCAUGUGGGAAGUAGGCGACUACUUCCGCCGCCCCCUCUCGUUCUGGAACCCAACCGCCAAAAAGCAGUCUCGCGAGAGCGCCAUCCCCACGGGAUCUGUCUGGCUCCCCGGAAUCCCCUCCUACUCCAAAUGGCGCAACAGCGCCUGCGACUGCCUAGACAUCCUCCACUGGACCGCCAACAGCACAAUCGCCAAAGCAGCGGGCCUGGAACAUCCAACCGUGCUCCACCUCCACGCCUCCCGACUCAUCCUCCUCGCUCCCUUCCGCGAGAUCCGCUCUCUCGCCACGUCCCUCGCAGAGGGGACGCUUCGCUGGAGCAAGCGCCACCAGACACUCGAGUGGCAGUAUAUCUGGCGCUGGGCGAAACACGACCAAUACAAAGCCCGUCUUUCCCUCAUCCACGCAGGCGUUACCCUCUGGCAUGUCCGGCGGUACUCGACAAACGCAUUCCACGAGCCCGUCGCCGCCUUCCUAGCCGUGCUCACCCUCUGGGCCUACGGCCUAUGCCACGCUCACGCUGCGCCUCUGCCUCCCGCAGAGACAAACAGUCCGCGUCUACAGGGCUCGCAGCCGGAGCCGAGUUUCAUUCACCUCGACAGACCCUGCGAUGAUGAGCUCGUGCAGCUGUUUGUGAGGGAGGGCCAUGCCAUGACAGGUAAUGUUACUGGCGUGGGGGAUAUUUGUGCGCCUGAUGGUCCGGAGAGGAUCUUACGGGUUGGAUGUGAGACCCUGGCGGGCUUGACGGCUUGGGGUCUCUCGAAGCAGCUUGCUGCUGUUUUGUCGCGUAUGGCGGAUCGGGUUCCGCGCUUGUCUGGUGCGGAGAAUAGUCGUGGCUUUGAGGCGAAUGCUGUGGACUCAUAA